GUACCCUGCCUCGCACCUCUGAGCCUGCUGCAGCUUGCAGUGUUGGGAGGGCAGGCAAACCAGUCAAGAAGGGAGAGCAACGACCUAAGGCGGACGAGCCGAAAACCAGUCAACCACAAUCAUGGCGUUGAAAGUGUACUAUGAUUUGUUGUCUCAGCCAUCGAGAGCUGUUUAUAUGUUUAUGAAGUUCAACAAGAUACCGUUUGAAGAUAAACCAGUUGCGUUACGAAAAGGUGAACACUUCACUGAGGAAUUUGCAAAGAUCAACCCCUUCAAGUUGGUGCCAGUUAUUGAUGAUAAUGGGUUCGUGUUGACUGAGAGUGUGGCCAUUCUGAAAUACCUCUCUUGUAAAUACAACUUGCCAGACCACUGGUACCCACGUACGGACCUCCGCGCCCAGGCCAGAGUUGAUGAAUACUGCAACUGGCAACAUCUAAACACCAGAGGCAGCGCUGCCAUGCUCUUCCGACACCUUCUGAUCCUCCCCCGGGCAACGAAUGAGCCAAUCGACAUGGGUAAGGUUGAGAAAUGUCGCAAAAAUGUGCGUUCAGUUGUCACUGGUUUGGAGAAAUAUUACCUGAAAUCCCAGCCAUUCCUCUGUGGGAAUGACAUUUCCAUAGCGGACAUCCUCGGGAGCUGUGAACUCUUACAGCUGCAUGCAGUUCAUGAGGAGAACCUGUACGAGAGCAGCCCUGUAGUGAAGGCUUGGAUGCAGAGAGUGAGAGAGAGGCUGCAGCCGACGUUUGACGAUGCCAGCAAGAUGGUGUAUCGAACGCGUGAAGUCACGAAGUCAUCACUCGGAUCUAAUCUGUGAAGACAUGAUGAAGAGAUGACAUUAAUCUGAAUGUGUUGUGAUUCAACUGAAGUGACAGUAAACAAAUGUAAAACUGUUGUUUAAUCUGUGAUUUCAGGUAAUAACAUCAAAGUGCUCUAUA